AUGUCAUACGUUCCAUCAUCAAAAUUAAUUAAAGAUUUGGUCAAACAAGAUUGUUUAAAAAAGAACCUCUAUGAAACUAUUCUUUCACCAAAACAACGUUUAACAAGAAGUGAAACUGAAGCUGUCCCAGUUGAAUCUGUUAAAAGAUCUGUCUAUGAAGCUUCUCUCACUGCACAUUGCCAAAAACUCGGUCUUAAAUCUUAUCUCCAACAAAUGAGUCAAGCUAAUCUAACAACUCUCUAUGCUUCUGUUAGACCACCACUUGCCGAAGGUGAAAAAGAUCUUAAAAGGGCCAAAGUAUUUUUAACUAAAAGAAUUACUCUUGCUGUUGUUGAAGAUUUUAAUGCUUAUUUUGAUCAAUUAUCAGGUGAAGAUGCUCAAAUUUUCCACUCUAUGACCAGUAGCAAAAUCCCAUCAAAGAUUGUUGAAGAGUUAACAUUGGUCGGUUUAGAAAUUUUCCUUUUCACCGUUCAAGCUAAAAUUCUAAGUGAAAUCUGUGCUGAACUCAAAUAUGAUGUCCAAAGUAACAAUCCAACUCUUAUGGUAACCUCAAUUCUCAUGGGUGCUGUUCCACCAAAGAAAGAAACUCAACCAAAGAAGAUCACCUUUAGCAAAACCAAACCACGUUCCUUAAAGAAGGGUCUCACCUAUCAUGAUAUCUUCCAACACUUCUACGUUGAUGAACUCUCUGGAUUCUGUCGUAAACAUGGAAUGAAAGUCUCUGGUAACAAAAAAGAUUUAAUCAAUCGUAUCCUUAGAUUCUUAAAUGAUGGUAUUAAAGAAGUCCCAAAACCAAAGAAAAGUAGAUCUGAAGUUGUCGAUGAUGCUGAAGUUGAACAAGAAGAAGAAGAAGAAGAGGAAGAAGAAGAGGAAGAAGAAGAAGCUGUCGAAGAAGAGCAACCACAAGAAGAAGAAGAGGAAGACGAUCAAGACGCUGAAUUAGUUGAAGAGGAAAAAGAAGAAGAAGAAGUAGAAGAAGAAAAGGAGGAAGCAAAAGAGGUUGUCCCAGAAGUUCUAACUUUACCAUCCAAAUUAAAGAAAUCUAGUUCAUCUCAAUCAAAAAUCGUCAGUCCAUCCAAAUUUAAGAAAUCAACAAAGUAA